UACCUGGUACAAGGUGGUCUGCCUGGUACCGUGGGGAAAAAAACCUUCAUCUUCACCAACCAGACACAGUAUUAUUUGGGUGUUGGACCAUUCGGCACAUCAGCCAAUAAUAUAGAAGUGUGCAUUGUUGUUUAACAUAUUUACCCAUCCACCUUACAGCAGUCCUUCAGUAUGAUCAGAACCAAAAAAAAGAACUACCAGAUGAUUAACACACAAUGUGCAUGAGUGUAUUUAAUCAAAUGACCAGCCUUUAAAACAUGUUCUCUUCUUUACCUUAUGACAGCUUCCACCAUGUCAGUAUCAGGCAGCCAAACUCUGAGGCACUCAGACAUGCAGCGCAAGCUGAAGGAACUUCUGCAUAGUGUGGAAAGAGCGCACAAAGCUGACAUCCAGACCUACAGCUCAGGCCACCUGGGUCCUAACAGGCUCACUCUUAAACCCCUGAACUGCAGGCCAUGCAAACCCAUUUGGAACAGGCCAAAGUGUAAAGACACAGGAGCUGGCCACAUUCAGGAAAGGCACAAAACAAAAGCUAACGUAGAAGAAACGAUUGAAGCACUGCAGGGUUUCACCAUACGCACAAUUCCUAGGAUCCAAGAAAGGAUAAAACUUCCUAGUGAGGAGCUGGUGACCACUGAUGUGAGGGAAGGUCUGGACAAGACAGAGCUAGAUACACUGGCUAAAGGAAAGCAGGAACAUUUCGCAGUGUCCGACUCACAUGAUGCUGAGCUCACCUGGAGCAAUCGACUCGACCGGAGGAAGAUUUUUAGGACAAAAGACCUGCGUGCCAGGAAGUGUCUGAGUGGAAGAGAAGCAGCAAAGAGGCAUGAACACAAUCUUCAGCAGGCACUAAGGAAACUUCCUGCCGGCAGAGAUCCCAGCAGAGAUCGCCUCACAGUAUUCAGUGAUGUCUUCGAUGACGUGUGUGACGGCUCACCUGUAUUCGGUAGCAUCCUCCGAGAAAUCAAGACAGAGUAUGAUUUGUACACAAGAUCACUUCUGUCCUCAAAGUCAAAUCUCCAGAAUAACUCUGCAUGCACCCCCUACGGAGGCUCCAUAGACGCAACAGAGUUAAAGGAAGCAGCAAGGCAAGUGUUAUUACUGGAACAGGAAGCCAGGAGAGCUUUGAAGAAAAAUCAGAGGUAAUUUUUUUUAAAGAAUUUUGCAUUUUCUUUUUACAAGUUGUUUAAAACAAAUAGUAGAAGAUUUUUUUAAUCUUUUUUUAGAGUCAGAACAGAGUAUGAAGAAGCUCAAGCUAAAGCACUGGUUGACCAGACGGAAAUGGGUUGGAGGUCUGAAGACCGUAAUACCAAUGCGUGUGAUGAGGUUCAGUAUGAACUGUCCUCCCUUACUUACAUGGAGGCUAAGAGACAGCAGCUGUGGAAAGUGUGGAAUGAGGUGCAGAGGCUUGAGAAAGACAUCAGAGAGACCAUGGUGUCCACUGUUACCACUAGCGCACUUGAGAACUGCAUCAGAGACUCGGAAGAUGAAGUCAUGAACUAUGCUGCUUCAAAUGUGCUUCUCCAGAGAACCAAUAAGGUAACAAUGGAUAAGAUGGACACUUCAGGAAGCUUCUUGUACAGGAAGCUUUUGUAAAUACAAUGGAUGUUCAAGUCAUACCGGGACUCGUACCAUGAUGAAGGUGUAAAACUGAUGGACGUUUACACAGUACGGUGAUGAGAAUCUUAACCACAGUAAAACAAAUGAAUAGUGCAAAUGUUUUAAAGACCUUUCGCAAUGUACAGUAUGUCCGUACAUCCAAGGUGAAAGCUCUAUAC